AUGGGCAAGAAGGCCAAGGCCAAGGGGCGGAGCACGCGCCGAGCGAAUCCCCGAGUUCCGGUCAUCUCGUCGAGGUCCACCAUGGCCAAGCAGGUGGAUUCCGUAGUAGAGGGGGAAGAGACCGGACCCUGCAAGCAUUUCAAGAGGGAAGAUGAAGCGGUGAAGAGCAAUCUGUUGAGAAUCCAUUCUUCUUCGGGAGCCGAUGAUAAAUGUGAGGAUUGCAGAGAGGAACCUGGAGGCAAGAAGGUCGUUAGGGCGAGGGGGAAAAAUAUGGAGAGGAGAAGAGGGGCAUCUAAAUCGGAGGUGAAGGCGGAGACAGGUACCGUAUGGGUAUGCCUGGACUGUAAUCAUCUGGGUUGUGGGGGAGGAGUCGCCGGCGAAUCAGAGCCGUACGGCCAUGCCCGCCGGCAUUCAAAGCAGGACAGGCAUUCUGUCGCCGUGCGGCUCGACAAUGCCUCCAUUGGUUGGUGCUUCGCUUGCAACUCUUCGAUCCCAAUUGAGAUUACCCCCUUGCAGAACGGGGAGCCUAAUCGGGUGGCGGACAUUGAUGUGGUCUGGUUCGGCAAAGAUGUGGAGAAGAGGAGGAUGGAGAAUGGGGGCUCGUCUCUACCUUCUGAGCGCAAGGGAGGGUACUCUGUGAGAGGCCUGACCAACCUCGGAAACACUUGCUUCUUCAAUUCGGUUACUCAGAAUCUCCUUGCCAUGGAAAGGUUGAGGAGCUACUUCCUCAACUUGGACCAGGACAUGGGUCCUCUCACAAUGGCCUUGAAGAAGCUCUUCGUGGAAACCUCCAACGGCUCUGAUGCGAGCCAUAAGAGUCGCAUAACCCCCAAUAACCUCUUUGGGUCCGUGUGCUCCAAGGCUCCUCAGUUCAAGGGCUACCAGCAACAGGACAGCCAUGAAUUGCUCCGGUACCUGCUUGAUGGCCUCUGCACUGAACACUCAAACGCCAGGAAAUCAGCUGCGAAAUCUAAGAGUGAUGAGACAGGGAGCGAGUCUGAAGAAGAUCAAGCGAUCUCGGGCCCGUCUACUACCUUUGUGGAUGCCAUCUUUGGUGGCCAGCUAUCUAGCACCGUCUGUUGCACCGUGUGUGGACAUUCAUCUGUUGUCUUUGAGCCUUUCUUGGACCUGUCUCUGCCCAUUCCCGUGAAGAAGCCACCACCUAGACUUGCCCCAGUUGCACUGCCCAAGCGGGGAAAUCUGUCUUCGAGAGAGGAGCCCAGAGGCAGUGGUCGGAGGAUUCGCGAAAAGAAGCCCGCCAUGGGAAUGCCGAAGUUGGAAAUGGUAGAGAGUGCUAGUUCUGUAUCGGAGUCCAGUGUUCCUUCGUGCAGUGUGAAACCAGAACCAGAGCAAGAAUCACGGUCAGAACCAGGACAGGUUGUUGCUCCUGAUCUGUGGGAUGAUUCUCUGUGGACGGACUACGUUGAACCAGUGGUAGAGAGUGCAAACUCCGUAUCAGAGUUCAAUGUUCCUUUGUGCAGUGUGAAACCAGAACAAACGCCAGAAUCAGGGCCAGAACAAGGACAGGAUAUUGGUCCUGAUCUUGAUUCGUGGUGGAUGGACUACAUCGAACCAAUGGAGAUAUCAGAUUAUCUGGAACCAGUUUCCAAAACAAGCUUUAGUUCUUUUGUUUAUGGCCCUCAAAACGAAGAAGAAAUCACAGAUUCUGGUUCAAAGUUUCAGAGCGAUGCCUGUUCUAGGGAGCCAACGGGGUCCCUGGAAUUCCCACCGGCUCAGCACCCUGGCGUUAUAUUGCUACCUUAUGAGCCGUUGGGAUCUACCAGGGAGUCCCAGGAUCUAGCCAACAUGGGUCUCGGCCAGACUGCCGCUGGUGGCCCAAAUGAUGGGAUAUUGUCUUCUGAAGCGGAUUUUGAUGGCUUCGGUGAUCUUUUCAAUGAACAAGAAGAAUCUGCUCCGGAUGCCAAAGAGGAAACAAGCAACUGUGAAGAUUUCGGCACAUCCUGGUUGGGAGGAAACAGCAGUGAAUCUAACCACGAUGAGAUCGACGAUUCCAAUGCCCCAGUCUCGGUUGACCGCUGCUUGGCCUGUUUUACUACUCCAGAGCUGCUCUCUGACGAGCAAGCCUGGGGAUGCGAGAACUGCUCGAAGAUCUUUCAACGCCAGGGCAAGGAGAGAAGGAGAGGAGGAUCGAAGGGAUCAGGAUUUGGUGGGAGAGAUUCUCUGGGCAGUGUCGAUAAUGGAGUUCAGGGUGUGGCUGAUGAAUAUUGCGGAGAAUCUGAACCCGCCUAUAGCUGUUCAUCAUGCGGUUCAUCCCCCAGGAGACGAAUCCCCCAGGCAGGAUCGAGCAAUGAAGAGAAUUACUUUAGUACGGGCGAAGCUGGCUCCUAUGAUGAAGAUGAGCUCGUGGAGGGUCUGAGUGCAUCGAGUAGGUUGCAGGGAGGGGACGAUGGAGCAGAGGAAAGAACAGGAAAUGGUGGGCACACGAAGAUUAAGAGGGAUGCAACUAAGAGAAUUCUUAUUGAAAAGACCCCUCAUGUUUUAACGAUCCAUCUGAAGCGUUUCAGUCAGGAUGCCCGCGGCCGGCUGAGCAAAUUGAACGGGCACGUCAGCUUCCAGGAGACGCUUGAUCUCAGGCCAUACAUGAAUUCCAGGUGAGCCCUAUUUUUUCCAUAUUCCCUCUUGUUUCUGGUUUUUUUUAAUUCUUUUCUAUUUCAGCGCUUCCAUGCUCCUUGCAAAAUGGAGUUUUUUUGAAUUCCUAUCACUUUAUUAUUCUUUUGGCUUGGGUAUUGACUGGGUAGCUUGCCAUAUACUUGAUUGUUAUUCAAUAAAAAAUAUUUAAUAAAUAGAUAAAUUAGAAAAUCUGUCUCUUUGUCUACUUUUUUAUUAGUCUUUAGGAAUUUGAAUCAGAUAUUUGCCGCCUGAUUGAUUAUUAUUAAAAAAAAUGAAGGUAAUUAGGAAAUUAGCUAAGAAGGCUGUAUCUUUGAGCAACGUUUCUUUCAUAAUCUUCAAGUCUCCAGGAACUGUGGGCUAACACUCAUUGUUUAGUCACUUUAAACAGCCCGUACUUGAUCGGCUCCAAACCUGGUCAACACUUUCUCAAAGGAUUAUAGCGUCAAUUUGAUUUUAAAGGAUCAUAUGUGCAUGAUAAAUCACAAAUAAGUAAAUAAAUAAUGGUAUAAUUCGGCAUAUUAAAUGACGAAUAACAGUAAAUCAGACAAUCCUGACCGUUGUUUUGGGGGAUUCUUCCACAAGCCAAAAGCGUCUGGAGAUUGAAGCCAUUCACCCCCACCCCACCCUCCUCUCCCUUUUUCAUAUCUCUUCACAAGAUGACCUCUCCGAUUCCUCCCCACUGGGGCUUGCAGGUCCAGGGAUGUACAGGGCUGCUCCUACCGCCUCGUGGGGGUUGUGGAGCACGAGGGGAGCAUGCGGGGGGGGCACUAUGUGGCCUACGUGAAGGGGGAGAGGGCCCCCGAGCACGGCCCCGCAUGGUUCUACGCCAGUGACGGGCUAGUGAGAGAAGUCUCCCUACCUGAGGUUCUCCAGAGCGAAGCCUACAUCCUCUUCUAUGAGAGGCUCUGA